AGGUUGCUAGGUAAGAGCUGGGGAGGGGAGUACAGUUAGGCAUUGUGCUGCAGGUUGAGUAAGAGCAACCUGGUAAUCAGGAAUAAAAGUUCAGUUUAAAUAAAGUUUCAGGAGCUAAAUAGGCUUUAAUGUGACUGAAGUUAUCUUUUAGAUAAUGUAGAGUAUUUUGAGGGAGUUGUUUUUAUCGCAACAGGAGUGAUCGGGUCUGAUCUGCUUCAGCAACCUGCGCUUUUCCUCGGCUUUAAUACAAAGGAGUAUCUGUCCGCUGUGCUGCAGGUGGAUAACUGCGCUCAGGUGAGGCGGAAGCGAGGAAUCAACCUGCUGCUCGAUGUUCCUGGAUCACCUGAAAACAGCAGGAUCACUGCUGUUAAAGAUGGGCGAUAAAUCCACGCAGUGAACGCUGGACCCAACGAAAUGGACCCGAGCUGAUGAGCCAAACUCCCAUUCUGCCCUCACUUGGCCCCUGCUGGUCACGGGUAGAGAUGGCAGCGUGUCUGGAUGUGCCUGGAGUUGUGGUUGGGAGUGUUUUACUGCUAGUGCUGAGCAGUAAUCCUGCGUGCGGGAAUUUCACUACGCUUGCAAGUGACAGCCGUUCUAAUAACACCGCUGGACCCAACAUUGCAGCUAUCGUGGCCCCGACAGUCACCCUGGGUGUUCUGGCGAUAGUCUUGGCUGUUGUUGCCUGGCUCCUCUGCGUGGUGAAAAAGAGGAGACAGACUGAAGGGACGUAUAGACCCAGUGCAGAGGAACAGUCCGGUGCACGCGGCGUGACGGCACCUGAUGCACUAAAGUUACCAAAGGAGGAAAGACUCAUCUGAGAGCUUCUGCUUUUGUUUUUGGACAAAAUCCUGUGAGGACACUGUGACGAGGCUCUCUCCCCUGAGCCGAUCAGAGACAGAAACAGCGUUUUCCCAGGUGUAAGAGAGGACAGACCGCCAAGACUGAGGCACCACAACAUGAUGCAUUUACUUACAGCUUUCAUUUCAACCUGCACUGACUGGGUCCUGUAUGGCACUAUGAAGAAAUGCACCUGGACGUAUGGAUCUAGCUGAUCUUAAGAACAGUUGAACAUUUCAAGGAGGUUUUGAAGAUUUCCUCUGCACGAAUGAAACAAGAGCUUCAGUAUUUUAUCACAACUAAUAACUAUAGUUUAGAGAUGUUUUCUCAUUUCACUUGCCUUAAUAUGUCAUUUACUCCACAACGUGAUUUUGAAAUACUGUCACUGGCAAAAUCAACACCAAUCUUUACCUCAAGCUCAUUUCUUUUACUACUGAGAGUCCUGAUGAGUCCACUGCAUUUUAAAUCGAGACAGAUGUGUUUUAGCUGAAUGAAUGUGAUUAAAUAUCUUAUAAUAAUGCAAAAACUCUUGUAUUUAAAAAUUAAAAAUGAAGUUAUAAAAAUUAUAUUGAGCAAAAGCAACGAUUGUUUACACUUCAAACUAGUUUAAAGUCUUGUCUUUCAUUUCAUGAGAUCAAAAAUGCAGAUAUGUUUUUACAAUGUUGCAUGUUUAUUUAAGCUUUUGUCAAAUAAAAAAUGUCUGUGUUCACAAAACAUUCAAACAUUUUAAA